AUGGGGCUGCAGGAAGAAGGAUGUGAAAUGAAGAUGCAGCCCAGCUGCAGGCGGAACAGCAGGUGCCUCCGAGUUCUGACAGAGGAGCAUCACCUCUGUCCAGGUGGGGGGGUUGCCAUGGUUCAGGUGCUUAAGGGGUCUGGCUUAAGGGUGGCCCCCCUGCAAGGCCCGGAGCAGCCCGUGGCGUCAGAUGUGCUGGGGUUCCAUAUCCCUUCCCAGGGCUGCUGUAGGAAGAUCAGUUGUUCCUCCUGGGGGGUCAUCCAGAACUGCCUGGAAGCUCGGUUCAAGGGGCUCCGAACCCUGAAGUUCUCCAAGGAGGAGACGGCCAAAGCCAUUAUUCUGCUCCACUCAGCAACCUGGUUCCCACAACUUCUGGACCGGUCUCAAGGGAAGCGCCACACGGAGUGCAUCGCGCCUUAUAAAGGGGGCGCCGCCCGCCGGGCCAGAGCAGAGAUGCGGUCGCGCCUGGUCCCCUGGACGGUGGCGUGGGGCGGCUGCGCCUUCCUGGCGUGCCUGGCGUUGGAUCCGCAGGGCCCGAGCUGCUCUGCCACUGAGUACCAGGAAGGGGGAAGGUGCUGCCGAAAAUGUGGCCCAGGCACCAAGGUGGAGGCGCUCUGCUCUGAGAGCUCUGAGACUCAGUGCGUAGCCUGCGAGGCUCAGCACUUCCAGGCCGGCUGGACCAAGGAGAAGCACUGCGCCCCACAUGCCUAUUGCGACGAGAAUGCCGGUUUCCUUGUGUACACGGAAGGGGAUGCCACACGGAACGUCGUCUGCCGUUGUCGGACCGGCACCCACUGCUCCAGCCCGGAGUGCCUGACCUGCAAGGUGAACCGAGUGUGCCCAGCGGGGGAAGGCGUCCAGCGCGAAGCCAGCCACCUGAACGACACGCUCUGUGUGGCAUGCCCUCCAGGCUCCUUCUCCAACAUCUCUUCUGCCACAGCUCGAUGCCAACCCUGGAGCAGCUGUGAGGACAGAAAGAUGGUGCGGAUGGCAAACGGGACCCACAUUUCGGAUGUGGUUUGCGGUGUCCUGCCGACGCAGCCCCCCCAGGAAGAAGCCAGAAGGACCCACGUGCUGCUGGCGGUUCCCCUGGUGGCCCUCCUUGGGCUGUUGGUGGGGGCCCUCUUCCUCCUCCUCCGCUGUCGGCGUUGCCAGGGUCUCUGCAAGCCUCACCUGAAUCAGCCAGAGGCCCCCUUGGCCCUCAUGAAGCAGGAGCCGGAGGAGGUAGAGGAGCCUGCCUUGCCCAUUCAAGAGACGCUGCUUGGGGGCCAACCUGUGACCCAGGAAGAUGGCAAGGAGAGCCGCCUAGCCCAGCAGGCGCAGACCUGAGCCCCCUGCCUCCGUCGUGUAUGCCCCCCACCGCUGGACUCUGCCCAUGCGGCUUGCUGGCUCUGGU